UUUCACAACAUGGCGGAGAAAGCUUCCGGGUCGGAACUGCUACCAAAAGCCCCAUGGCAGCGUAUUAAACAUCCUACGACCAAUUUUUCUGCACUUUGCCUUUUCAGAAUUAAAAGAGAUAUUACAAGUAUGUACAAAGAGCCACCUCCUGGGUUGUAUGUAGCAGCAGAUGAAAACGAUAUUGCAAAGGUUCAUGCUUUAGUCAUUGGUCCACAUGGCACACCAUACGAGGGGGGGUUUUUUUUUUUCCUCAUCUCCUUUACCCCUGAGUACCCAAUCAAACCUCCCAGAGUGCGUCUUUUAACAACAGGAAAUGGAAGAGUCAGAUUUAACCCCAAUCUUUACAAAAAUGGGUUGGUUUGUCUUAGUAUUCUAGGAACAUGGCCUGGCCCUGCAUGGAGUCCUGCCCAGACCCUCUCCAGUCUACUGAUCUCAAUCCAGUCUCUUAUGAACGAGAAACCAUAUCACAAUGAACCAGGAUAUGAACGCAAGGAAGCCUACAAAGGUGACAGCAAACGAUAUAAUGAAUGCAUUAAGCAUGAAAACCUCAGGGUUGCUGUUUGUGAUAUGUUAGAAGGAAAAUUAAAUCUUCCUUUAGCUCUCAGAAAACGAAUGGAGAAGUUAUUCCUUGGGUUUUAUGACAGAUAUUCGUCACUUGUUGAUUUUUUUAUGCUUUCUAACGGAAAAAGGAUGAAGGAUCCCUUCGGAGAGAACGAGGGAAAGGUGGAUUAUGCGUCGAUAAAAUACAGACUAGAUGCCAUUAAGAGUCGUCUCGAUGAGAAGAAGGUUUUGGGGCAUGAAUUUUUUUUCUCAUCGAGUGAAGAAGAAGAAAAACAAACAAGAGAGGAGAAUGCUGCAGAAAUUGAUGACUGGGAGGCCUUUUUAUAUGACGAUGACUAAUUGAAAUAAUUUUUACCAAUUUUUUUUUUCAAUUUCAAUGUACAGGACACAAAAAGGAUGUGGCAAACAGAUGAUCAUUUUAUAAAUCAUUUACACUGUUACAGGUUUCCGCAUAAAAAUGCAAGUUAA